ACACACAAACACCUUUUGCAAUAAAACAAACAGUCUCAACACUCUUUCAAUCUAUUCCAUCUCUCUCAUUUUCAAUCUCUUUCUCUUGAAGAUCAUGGAAGAAACCAAAUCAAAGUUCAAGAGGAUUUGUGUUUACUGUGGUAGCAGUUCAGGAAAUAAACCUACUUACCAAGAAGCUGCUGUUGAACUAGGAAAAGAGCUGGUUGAGAGAAGGAUUGAUUUGGUGUAUGGAGGUGGUAGCGUAGGUCUGAUGGGUCUUGUUUCUCAGGCAGUUCAUGAUGGUGGGCGCCAUGUUCUUGGUGUUAUCCCAAGAAGUCUCAUGCCAAGAGAGAUAACUGGUGACCCUAUUGGGGAAGUAAGAGCUGUAUCUGAUAUGCACCAAAGGAAAGCUGAGAUGGCUAGGCAAGCUGAUGCCUUCAUUGCCCUUCCUGGUGGAUAUGGAACCCUUGAAGAAUUGCUGGAAAUUAUUACAUGGGCUCAACUUGGAAUCCACAGCAAACCGGUGGGCCUAUUGAAUGUGGAUGGAUUUUACAAUUCAUUGUUGUCUUUCAUUGACAAGGCCGUUGAUGAAGGCUUUAUUUCACCAAAGGCACGUCGCAUUAUCGUGUCAGCAUCCACAGCCAAAGAAUUGGUUAGGGAAUUAGAGGAACAUGUACAUGAACAAGAUGAAGUUGUAUCCAAGUUGGUGUGGGAAGAAAGACUAAAUUACGUGCCCGAAUCAGAAGUUGCCAUGUGACUAUGAUCUAUUUAUAUAUAUAUAUAACACUACUAGUGGGCAUGCAUGAAUUAAUUGAUGGAAAAUUAGUUUUUUUGGGUCCUUGUCUUUUUUUUGGGGUCUAUUUUGAAUGUAUUUUGGGUACAUAAAAUAGUCAUAUAUAUGGGCAUAGGAAUCGUAGAUAGUUGAUACACUAUCUUUUUGUUUUUCAAAUUAAUGUUGAUGCCCCUAGUAUACACUAAAUUAGGGUAGUUGCAAAUUAUCAAGAAGAAAAAUUCAAUCACCAAGUUAUGUUAUAUUAUUGCUUUUGCAAUUAAAUGUGAAUUAUUCCUC